AUGUCACCAUUUCCUGUCGAUUCAACGGCUUCUGCUGCCUCAAGCGCGACAUCUGUGAGCUCGGAUCCUACCCCUAAGACCGACCACCGUAUGAUGGUCGCGAUUACCGUCCUUGCUAUCGCUGGAGCCUUUCUAAUUGGCUUCGUGAUCAUGACGACGCUGCGUCUAAAACGUCGGCAGGCUAGUGGAGAGAUUGCUGGGCCGUACCAAGGGGCGCUGAUACACAGUGACCACCCUGCCACCCACAUCACACCAUUUGGCGCAGCUGGGCACCAUCCUGGAGGGACAGCACCGAAAUUUAAACACAAACCUGGCGAAGACAUGCGCAUUGCCAUUCGUCGACCCGACGGUGCAUGGCAUUUUACAGACUCCCGUACUCCGUUUACUCCUGCCGGGGUAACAGAGUUGGAAGUCACUCCGUCACCAGCCUCAUCUUCCACAAGUUUGAUAGCCUUCAAUUCCAGAUUUCCGCCAACCAGGUCCACUAUGAGGUCUCAGCCGCCUCUACCUCAAUUUAAAUCAAACUCAUCAGAUUCUCCCGUGGACUACCCUGCCGAAAUCGUUCAGAAUCCAUUUGAGGAUCAAAAACCACCCAAAUGA